GCGAUCAGGCCUGCUCUCAGCCGGGUUGCGCCCCGCCCCCUCCACCUUUAGCGCUGGGACCCGCCGGUGCGGCGGGUGGCCGGAAGCCGUGGGCUAUCCCCUCCCGGGCUUGAGCCAUGGCUGAAAGUGGCCGGACACCUCAGGCCCGGGCGCUCCUGCAGCAGUGCCUGCAUGCCCGGCUACAAGUACGCCCCGCCGAGGGGGACGCCGCGGCCCAAUGGGUGGAGGUAACAUCAGCCCCGCAGCCCCUGCGGUUAUCCUCUGGCGCGGUUCAGAGAGGAUUAGUGAUCUAUGUGUGCUUUUUCAAGGGAGCUGAUAAAGAACUUCUUCCCAAAAUGGUUAAUACACUGUUAAAUGUGAAAUUAAGUGAAACCGAAACUGGCAAGCACGUCUCUAUAUUGGAUCUACCUGGCAACAUUCUUAUCAUCCCUCAAGCCACCCUUGGGGGGAGAGUAAAAGGAAGAAACAUGCAGUAUCACUCUAACUCUGGAAAAGAAGAAGGGUUAGAACUUUAUUCCCAAUUUGUAUCUCUUUGUAAAAAAGAAUUAGCUGCUAAUAGCAAGUGUGCCGAAGCUGGGGUUGUGGUGGAACACGGCACUUAUGGAAACAGGCAGGUGUUAACACUAGACACCAAUGGACCAUACACACACCUAAUUGAGUUUUGAAAAAUUGGAAGUUCCUACAGCUGUUUUCUGGAAUAAAAUGAUCUUGGGUGUAAUUAGAUUUUUCUUCCCCUUCUUCUUGAAUACACUAAUCUGCAGCAUUUUUAGACAAGAAAAUCCUGGAUCCCAUCCAUAACUCCACAGCCUGCUAACUGGAUGACUUUGCCAAGUCACCUAAAAUCUGGACCUCAGUCACCUUUCAUCUUGCUUUCCCUACACUAACACUCAAAAAUUUGAAAAGUGCAUUCUCAUCACUUUGUGGUCCAUUAGAAGAACUGGAAAUGUUCUUAGAGGGGUGUAUUUAAGCAUUUUGCAAUGAAAAUUUUGUUGAAAUCAAGUAAAAUAUAUUUAUGACACCUCAAAUGUAUGUAAUAUGUAAUAAAAAUCACUAUUUGUAUUAAAAUUAGGAAAACCCCAGCACAAACCGAUUAUAAUUUUGUCAAUUCUGUUUUGGUAUUUCAGAUUUCCAUAUUUGGAAUGAAAGAAUGAGAAAUUUGCUAUUCCUUUUUAAUACCUAUGAAAAUGUGAUAUAGAGAUGUUAUUGUGCAUUUUAAUGUUACUUUCCAAGGAUGUCCAAGUGCUUUAUAUUACUUUAAGAAUCUUUAGUUGAUAAUAGGAACAAGGUGUAGGGGAAUUAAAACUUAUUUUUAUUUAAUAUACCAAUGGGUUAAUCUGUUUUCAGUUUUUUUGUUUUGUUUUUUAUCAAAACAAGGUAUGUCUUGUUUUCUCUCUUUGGUUUUUAAAAGUUAGUGCUUCAUGAAAUUAGUGUUAGUUCAUAAAUUUUUUAGAAAGUUCCUUUCUUGUUGAUUUAAAUUGCUAUAAAAGGAAUAAAAGGGAAGCUUUCUAUUAUUUGAAAACAAGUUGACUUGUUCGUUUCCAUUUUAUCUACUUAAUGAUUUGGAGCCAGUAUCAUUUUAUUCUAUUAGUGAAUGUGUCUCCCCAUCCCCACCGCCAAAUUCAUAUGUUGAAGUCCCCCAAUAUGAUGACAUUUGGAGAUGGGGCCUUUGGAAGGUAAUUAUGGUUAAUAGGUCAUGAGAGUGGGGCCUCAUGAUGGGAUUAGUGUCCUCAUAAGAAGAAACACCAGAGAGCUUGCUCACUCUCUGCCCACUCUUUGAGGAUGCAGUGAGCAGGGGGCUAUUUACAAGCCAAGAUGAGAAUCCUUACCAGAAACUGACCACACUGGUGCCUAGAUCUUGAACUUCUAGCCUCCAGAGCUAUAAGAAAAUAAAUUUCUGUUGUUUAAGCCUCCCAGUCUAUGGUAUUUUGUAAAACAGUCCAAGCUGACUAAGACAGUGCUGUAAGAUAGUUAAUAAGGAAGACUUUUUAAAACCAAGAAAGGAACAUUUACAAGAAGUUGAAAAAGUAAAUGAAUCAAUAAAAGGUAAUACUCAUUUUUCGCAAACUCCUCUGACUUAAUAAGAUAUUUUGAAGAGUAAAUAUGAAUAGUUCUAAUUAUCAAAAAGAUGAAAUUAACUUCAACAAACAUCUUAAGUAGCUGCUGAAAAUUCUUUGGUCUUAUAAUUUCUUUAGGUUUGUGUUCCUAAGAUACAUAAUAUUUUUAUCACAAAAAAAUCCUAUUUUAUCUAUAUCCUUCCUGUACCAUUCUAUUUUGGAACUCGAGGAUCAAUAACUGGCUUGGUAGUGAGCUCAUUGUCCUUAACUUUUGUGUUAUCGAUUUGCAAUGCCCUUAUUGAAAUGUAAUAAACUAUUCAUAAACUUAAAA